AUUAUCAUUAACUUUAUUUCUUUACAUGCUAUUACUGAAGCAUGCAUUUUUUUAUGAAAAUUAAAAACACUUUAAUUUACUCUGAAGAGGCAGAGUAAUGACUACUAGCUCAACAUUUCAGGUAAAUGAUGGAAAGUUCCAGGUUCUUCAGCUUGUAGGAAUGUUGCGGUGCAUUGCUUCAGGAAUGCAGUACCUCAGUGAGAUGAAUUAUGUGCACCGUGACCUAGCUGCUCGAAAUGUACUUGUAAAUGCCCAACUCAUGUGCAAGAUUGCUGACUUUGGGUUAUCAAGGGAGAUUGAAAGUCACACAGAAGGAGCAUAUACCACAAGGGGAGGUAAAAUCCCAGUUCGAUGGACUGCACCAGAGGCAAUUGCAUUUCGCAAGUUUACAAGUGCAUCUGAUGUUUGGAGUCUGGGUAUUGUUAUGUGGGAAGUCAUGAGUUACGGAGAAAGACCAUAUUGGAACUGGAGCAACCAAGAUGUCAUAAAGAGUAUUGAAAAGGGUUAUCGUUUGCCAGCACCCAUGGAGUGUCCAGAAGCCAUUUACCAACUUAUGUUAGACUGCUGGCAGAAGGAGCGCAAUCAUCGUCCAAAUUUUGCAUCCAUUGUACGGACUCUAGAUAGACUGAUCCGUACUCCUGAGGCUCUCAACAAAGUGGCUCAGAACAGGUGUACAACAGCCUUGGGUCUAGAUUCGGUUGACAUGACCCAGCUGACCUCUAUAGAGGACUGGCUUGCUUCCCUGAAGAUGAGUCGAUAUGUGGAAAACUUCCAGCGGACAGGCCUCACUGAUUUGGAAGAAGUGGCUCGCCUGACUCAGCAUGAUCUAACUCGGUUUGGUAUCACACUAGCUGGCCACCAGAAGAAGCUUCUGCAGAGUAUACACACCUUGCGCACACAGCUGGCCGUCAACAUGUCUGAGGGCUUCCUAGUAUAGUGCCACUACUCUAGCUAAUGCCAACACUUGGUACUGAGUUAGGGUAAAGUAGUCAGGUGGACUAAUGUCCAGGUCCAGAAUGAAUGUGAUGUCCACUGGUGCGUCAAGUUGGACCUGAAGGCCAUCAUCGUCUAUGUGAAAAUGUGAUAAUGAAAGAGGGAAAGACACUAAGAUUUGUUCAGGGCAGGGUAUAAAGUGCAUUUUUUAUGUUAUUUAAAUGCAAUAAAGUGAAAAUUGUCCAUAACAAAGACAAGAUUUUUCCAAAAUACUGUAGCUCAAGAAUACCCUGUAUCCUAGAGUAUGAAGUAUAUAUGGGGAAGCAUGCCUCUGAGCAGCAAAUGACUACUUAACAUUUUUGAAGUGCUCCCACCCUCUCCUUCUUGUGAUAUUUUCAUGGCCAAUGGUGUGUUGGAGACAGAAUUGUGGUGCACAUGUGUGUGGGCUGGCGAUGGAACAAACAGCUGUGAGCAGCUCCCACAAUCAUGUCUGUGGAGGGUUGAUAAGCUUGCCUGUCACAUCCGUGCAUUGUACACCACUCCUGAGAUUUGACCCUUAGUGUAAUUGUUGAUAUUCCAUUUGCUGCCAGACCUUAUUCUGCCAAAGUCUAGUAUUGGUGUUGUCCUUUCUACCCUUUGAUGAACUCUCGGAGACUGUUUCCUGUUUAAGCUUCUGCCAGCGUCUCACUAUCUACUGAGAGACUAAGUUGCCUGUCUGUGGUGAACUGCAGUGUAGUGUGUAUUAAAAAUUGCUCAUGCACACUAGCUGGAUAAAUCAGAAAAAUACUGGGUGAACACAGGCCAGCAAAGAAAGAGCUCUGUGCAAAAAAAGCUUAACUUCAAAAGCGGCUUAUUAGGGGGAUUCUUUCAAUCCUUGGAGGACUUGAAAGACAUUGCAAACUAGAAAAUUGCCAAGAAAAGAGAGAACCUCCCUCCUGACGCACAUAUCACUUAUCCCAUCAUGUGAACAUCCGGCCAUUCCCCGCUCCCUUUCCUCCCUCCCUCCCGCAGGACCCAACUGCUGUAGUUACACUACCUUGUCGUUACCUAAGUCAGAUAAUGCAGUGCUGGUAAAUGGCUGGGUGUCAGUAAAUUUGAUGAUUGUGUUUGGAGAAGUAUAAUUUUGAUUGCAAUGAAUUAAAAAGUUUUUUUUUUUGACAAAGUACAGUACUGUAUUCAGAUAUCUCACUUUAGUAGAGUGAAGAUUUCUUUAACCAAUGCUUAUAAUCUAAGCUUAAAAGCUACAUACACUCUUCCAUUCACUAACACAGCAAGAGUGUCGAACUACCCUUUCAGUGUCUGUCCAGUCAUCCCAUGGUGUCCUGCACUGUCCUCUCUCUUUUUUUUUUUUUUUUUUUUUUUUUUUUUUUUUUUUUUUUGCACAGGAUUACGUGUACUUGCAUAAAUUUAUUAGUUUUUUUGUGUAAUCAUGUGUUUCAGUAUCAUUGGACCAUAUUGUAGCUUGAUUUAGUCACACUGUUGUAUCCUUUGAUGUAACAUUACAACUUUAAUUCCAAAACAAUUUAUUUACAAUUCGUCAAAUGAUUUGUGAAUACCAAGUGCAUGUUUGUGUAUCCUUUGUAAUAUUGUUAGCAAAAGCCUAUGUUUUUGGGAACAUGUGUGAUGACUAGAUAAUCAAAAUUUUGUAGAUCUUAUUUAGCAUAUAGGAAUUUCUACAAAAGCACCAAGCAAUACAACUCACUGACAUAAGAAAUGUGUAACUUGCUGUGUUGUUACUGUAAAGUAAUGAGUAACAAUCAAAAAACAUCCUUGACUGUGUAGGUAGGUAUUUUCAUACGUCAGCUUCAUAAUAAUAAUAGAAGAACAAACUUAGAAUGUAAGUCCCAAAGAAGGAGGAAGGAAGGAGUGAGUAUUCCUAGGGAAGUUCCGUGUGUGAUAAUUUUGGAUUCUUGUAUUUUGGAAAGGGGAGGGAGAUAAUGUGGCAAAGUGGUCCACAACCCUUGUGCCAGAGUGGGCCACUGGUCUUCACAUUCCACACCCUCUCAGUUAUGGUUCCUUGUCAGGGUGUUUGCCACUAGAAUUGUUCCUAUUAAUAUGUAAUUCAGCUUGCAUAAAGUUUUAGCCAAUCAUUUCAAGUAGCUUUCAAAAAGUGGUCUUCGAUUUGCAAAUUUAAGUUGCUGCAUCUUUUGUCACGAGUAUGUGUAGUUAUUUGCUUUUAGUCCUUUUGUUACAGGGAAUAUUUUUUUCUGAUGAAGCCUCAGGGCGACCACUUUCACUGCCUCAUUGACAGUUCCGAGAAUCAAGCAAUCGUCCAGGGCAGCGUGGUGGAAGCAUUAGGGCUUUUUGGAGGAAGGUUGCCAAACAGGAGGACAAUGUUUUUAGUGUGCUAUUGACAGUUUGACUGAUAUUUCUACAUUAUAUACUUGUGGAGCACAGAUAAUUUUCCUUGGGUGCAAAGAUAUUAUUUUAUGUCAUGGCAAGGUGUGUUUGGUUAAAAAUAUAAGAGGCUAGGUCACUGUUGGCAGUUCGAGCCUUCCCCUUGGCAAGUCCAAAUGCUAUCACAGCUGUUGUUUUGCUUUGUGGCAAAUUCCCUGACAGACCUCAAGAGACGUGUCUUAUUUUCUUACUGAUGUAGUCUCACAAUUACUUUGUGUGUCUUCUAUUACCAUUACUAUCAUAAUCAGCGGCAUAUUCUCCGGCAACUUCCCAUAAGUGUGGGAAACUACAAUGGAAAUGCUGUGUAUGCUAUAUACAGCUAGACAGUUAUAUCCAAUACACAUACA